GCACGCAGGGUUGAUUGAAACAGCUGAUAAAGAUACUUAUGAAAAUAUUAUUUCAAAACAAAAGCAUUCUAUUGAAGAUAGAGACGUUUUUGUCCGUAAAUGGGUAGAGUAAAUUGAAUUUAAAUAAAUUUUCACAAUUAGAUAAACAACCUUAAAGUAGACGAUCACAAUCAUGGCUGAUGAAUCUUACUCAGAAAUUACCGAGCUAGAAGAAACUUUUUCCCGAGCAGCUAAUCACCUCCAAAGCAUGGUCUCAAAUUUGGACUCUGGCCAGCUCCUGGCCUUUUAUGGCCUCUACAAGCAAGCCACUGUUGGAAUUUGUAACACUGCCAAGCCCAGCUGGUACCAAACUCAAGCCAAGUACAAGUGGGAGGCCUGGAAGGCACUUGGAGACAUGACUAAAGAAGUUGCCAUGCAGAACUACGUCAGUGCUAUCACCAAACUGGACCCCAAUUGGGAGCAAGAUGCUAGGGUUGGAAAUAAAUCCUGGAACGCGGUUAGUAGCUUGCUCAAGACGGAUGUGGAGAUCUCGGAUAAUGAGAAGACGCUUCUGGACUGGGUCAAGGAUGGCAAUGAUAAGAGGGUCUGGGAAAUCUUGUCCACUGAGGCUAAAGGCUUGAAUACUCCGGAUGAAGAUGGGAUGAUGCCUAUUCAUUGGGCUGCUGAUCGAGGGAGUCUACCGACGAUUAAGUGUCUUAUUGAGCAUGGCGCUGAUGUUGAUGCUCAGGAUAAUGACGGGCAAACUGCGCUUCACUAUGCCGCUUCUUGCGGGCAUGCUGAGGUGGUUGGGUAUUUACUGUCCGUCGGGGCGAAGUUGCUUAAAGACAACGACGGGUUCACGGCUAAAGACAUCGCUGAUCAAGAUUUAGUAGCCAUGUUUUGAUCUUAGUGUUUACAUUUGUAUUGAUUGAUGAUUGACAGGAUUUAAUACUGUAAAAUGGGAUUAUUAAUAAAAAGUUAUUUAAAAUUUAA